CGCGAGUGAGGGGGUGUGUGCGCGAGCCGGGGGCCGAGUAGUAGCGCCCUGCGCGGCGGCUGUUGCUGGGGUGGAGGGGCAGCGCCGCGCGCCGGAGCUGCUGCCCGGGCGCCGCGCGGAGGCGGCCGGGGGAGGGGGGGAAGCAGGGGCCUCCCCAUGAGUGAAAAUGGUGCUGCGGCUCGAGGGGAGCUGGUCGCUGCUGGUGGGCAAGAGGUUCCUCAGCCUGGCCGAGGAGGAGGGCGGCUCGUGGGAGACCGGCCGCGUCUCCGAGUGGCCCUGGAAGUCGGGCCGGAUCCGGGCCGUCUCGCACACGGACAUAUCCAAGCAGGACCUGAAGGUUUGUGUAGAAUUUGAUGAUGAGCCGUGGGAGAAAAGAAGAUGGAUAGAGGUCUACAGCCAUAAAAUGAAAGCAUUCCUGGUGGAGCAAAAGCUGGUACUGGCUGAAAGGAGAUCUCAUGCCAGUUCUAUGUCUCCUGUUCAGUGGCCUGCAAUGACUUACAAAUCCUUAUUGGACAAGGCUGGUUUAGGAUCAAUGGUUUCAGUACGCUAUCUUGGUGAAGAGAGAUGUGUUUUUCUUUCUCAAGACCUUUUGACACCCAUUCAGGAUGUGGAAAGUUCCAGGCUUCCUCUAAUGGAUGAUGAAAAUGUUAAUGAAGAAAUUCAGGCCUUGGUUAAGAAACACCUAGAUGAAACCCGCUUGGUACAAGGUGGCAAAAAUAUCAUUGGUUCAAGAAUCAGAAUUUAUAGCCUGGAUCCAUCCACCCAGUGGUUUACAGCAGUUGUUGUAAAUGGUAAUCCAGCUACAAGGACUCUAGAAGUUGACUGUCAGGAGAUUCCAGCUUUAAAAACACUUGAUCCAGAGUUAAUUCAUGUUGAAAUCAUAUAUGACAAUAAUGGAAAAUGUGAUAAAUCUAAAAGAAAUGGAGGCAUGAAAAGGAAGUCUUCUGAGACAAGUGGAUGUGUUGAUGCUAAACACACAAAAUCCUCUCCUGAGGUUUCUCACAGUCAGGGACAUGUGCAGUCAGUACCAACAGUGUUUGGUGAAGCAUUGCUAGGAUGUACUCCUGCUAAUAAAGACCAAAGGCAUCAAGGCCUGCCCCUGCCAGCUAACUGUCCUCCCAAUCUUGGUGCGGAAACUCCUCAGGGCACGUGUAGACGAAGCUUACCAGAAACGCAUCCUUCUUGUCUUAAUGCUGGAGUUAAACCAUCAAAAGAUCUGCCUGCCUUUCCUAAAGUGGAGUAUAUAUCUAAAGAACAAAUACAAAAUCCCAGUGAUCAGAAUGGUAAAUAUACCUCUUUGAUAAACACGAGAUCUUCAUCUUUGAUUGAUUCAGUUAAUGAAAAGCUAGCCAACAUGAAAAAUAUGAAAGAGUCUCUUAUCAAGUCCACGACAAACUUUCCAAAAGAAUGCAUUUCUGUAAAACAUUUCAACUCUUCCAUAGCAAUACCCAGAGUCAGCAGCACUAUUGAACUGCAGAGGACUUUAGAUUGUAGGCCCUCAACAUCAGAUGCUCAUCUUAUCUCCUUUACUGAGUCUGGAGUUAAAUCACAAAGCAAUUGCAAUAGUCAGAACAGCCACAAAGGAAGCAAAAUUGAGGAACAUACAGACAUGGAAUUUUCUUUUAGAAGAAAUUCAAAUGAGUUUCUCUUUGAGAGAAAUGAAAAUGAAAGCAUUUGGACUGGAAGCACUAAGAUCCAGGAUAAUGUAAUGGUUCGCAAGUCAAUUUUAGCAGAUGCUUCUAAAGUGAAGAAGCUACAGCAAAGUGGAGAAGCAUUUGUACAGGAUGGUUCCUGCAAUAAUAUCGCACCUCACCUGCAUAAGUGCAGGGAAUGCCGUCUGGACAGUUACCGAAAGAAUAAAGAGCAAAGAGACUCCACUGUCUUUUGCCGAUUCUUUCACUUUAGGAGGCUGCAGUUUAAUAAACAUGGAUUACUGCGUGAGGAAGGCUUCUUAACUCCAAAUAAGUACGACCCUGAGGCUAUUAGCUUGUGGCUACCUUUAUCAAAAAAUGUUGUGGGUCUAGAUCUAGACACAGCAAAGUAUAUUCUAGCCAACAUUGGAGACCACUUCUGUCAACUGGUGAUAUCUGAAAAAGAAGUCAUGUCUACAAUUGAACCACACAGACAAGUAGCCUGGAAGCGUGCAGUUCGUGGAGUCCGAGAAAUGUGCGAUGUCUGUGACACCACAAUCUUCAACCUUCAUUGGGUCUGCUCCAAGUGUGGCUUUGGUGUUUGUGUGGACUGUUACAGGAUGAAGAAAAAAAGCUUGCAUCAAGAUGAUGAAUCAGAUACUUUCUCCUGGUUUAAAUGUGUGAAGGGACAGGUACAUGAACCAGAGAAUUUAAUGCCUACGCAAAUAAUUCCUGGAAAAGCUCUCUAUGAUGUUGGUGACAUUGUUCACUCUGUAAGAACAAAAUGGGGAAUAAAGGCAAAUUGUCCUUGUGCAAAUAAGCAGUUCAAGGCACUAUCAAAGCCAACUCUAAAGGAGGAUGCAAAACAGACCUUGGUAGCUGGAGAGAGGACUGGCUUUCAACAUAACAAUUUUGUCCUGGGCCCACAAGUCACUACGCAUGAUCCUGCUGUAAAAUCAGUGAUUGGAAAUAAACAAACUACUUCAGUAAAUACUUCCCCUUCGUUAAGUUGGCUAUCAAAUUUAACAAGUGGAAAUGUGAAUAAAGAAAACAAAGAGAAACUCCUCAUCCCUAUUUCAAAGAAUGAAAAUAAGCCUCUUCAGACACUCCCUAGUUUAGCUAAGCCUGCUACGGCCUUGCAGACGUUCAACAGUGCAAUAUUAACACCUGUGAGCAACAAUAACACAGGUUUCUUGCGGAAUCUGUUGAACUCCUCUGGAGGAAAGACAGACAAUGGACUCAAGAGUACACCCAAAAUCCUUGAUGACAUUUUUGCUUCCCUGGUGCAAAAUAGAACCAUUACAGAUUUACCUAAGAAACCUCAAGGAUUGACUAUAAAGCCUACUAUAAUGGGGUUUGAUACACCCCACUACUGGUUAUGUGAUAACCGCUUGCUGUGUCUUCAAGAUCCCAACAAUGAAAGUAAUUGGAAUGUCUUCAGGGAAUGCUGGAAGCAGGGACAGCCUGUAAUGGUGUCAGGAGUACAUCACAAAUUAAAUGCAGAACUCUGGAGACCAGAGUCCUUUAGGAAGGAAUUUGGCCAACAGGAAGUAGAUUUGGUUAACUGCAGGACCAAUGAAAUUAUCACUGGUGCUACUGUAGGGGAUUUCUGGGAUGGAUUUGAAGAUAUUUCAAGCCGCCUGAGAACAGAAGAAGGAGAGCCAAUGGUGCUGAAGCUUAAAGACUGGCCUCCAGGAGAAGACUUCAGAGACAUGAUGCCUUCACGGUUUGAUGACUUGAUGAAAAAUAUUCCAUUGCCAGAAUACACUAGAAGAGGUGGCAAGCUCAACCUUGCCUCUCGACUUCCCAGUUAUUUUGUACGACCAGAUUUGGGCCCCAAGAUGUACAAUGCAUAUGGCUUAAUAACACCAGAGGAUAGAAAAUAUGGCACAACAAACCUCCAUUUAGAUGUGUCUGAUGCAGCUAAUGUUAUGGUUUAUGUGGGUAUCCCCAAAGGACAGGUUGAUCAAGAAGAAGAAGUGCUUAGAACCAUACAAGACGGUGACUCUGAUGAAUUGACAAUUAAGCGUUUUACUGAAAGUCGAGAAAAACCUGGAGCUCUGUGGCACAUUUAUGCUGCUAAAGAUACAGAGAAGAUCCGGGAAUUCCUUAAAAAGGUUGCUGAAGAACAAGGUCAAGAAAAUCCUGUAGAUCAUGAUCCUAUUCAUGAUCAAAGUUGGUACUUGGACCGAUCUCUAAGGAAACGUCUCCAUCAAGAGUAUGGAGUUCAAGGCUGGGCUAUUGUACAGUUUCUAGGAGAUGUAGUUUUCAUUCCAGCGGGAGCUCCACAUCAGGUUCAUAAUUUGUACAGUUGUAUUAAAGUUGCAGAAGACUUUGUAUCCCCAGAGCAUGUCAAACAUUGCUUCUGGCUCACUCAGGAAUUUAGGUAUCUGUCACAUACGCAUACAAACCAUGAAGAUAAAUUGCAGGUGAAGAAUGUCAUAUACCAUGCUGUUAAAGACGCAGUUGGGAUACUGAGAGCUAACGAAUCCAGCCUUAGCAGACCAUAAAGUAGAAAGCCUUAACCACACACUAUGAAACAGAAGCGUUGGCAGCUGUUUUAACUAUUCAGUCAGGACCUCUGUGGACUUUGAGAUUAUAUGAAUGUUACCUCAUCUUCCUUUCAGCAGUACCAGAGGAUUGUGGUACUAUAUUCUGUGUAUUCUUCCAAUGUUUACAAACCUGAUAUGUAUAUGUAGUAAUAUGUAUGGACUGUGGCAUACUGUGAAUGCUCAGUUGCAAUAGAACUUUAUAUGGAGUUACUCUCCAAACUGUACAAAAUACCUCCUAUAGGACUGUCGGAAACUAUUCCAAAUUACUCAUUUGAAAAAUAUUAUUCAAGACAUGUUGUAAAGCUCCAAUUUUUUAAAUUUUAUUUUGGGGUGGGAGGAAUUAUGAAGCCACCCAAUUUAAUAACCUAUUUACAUAAAAAUAAACUGAGAAUGCAGUUCUGAAAUUUCACAUUAACAUAGAACUAGCAUUUAAAAGUAGCUUUAAGCUAUUGUAUAGUAACAUAGAGAUGGGGGGUUAACCAUCUUUAGGUAAAUGUAUUUAAAUUUCUAAAUGUUAAAAAAAAAACCCUUUUAAUCAAAAAAUGUCUUCUGUUUGAAACUGAUCUUUAAUUUGAACUGAUGUUUGAUUCUCUGGUUUUUAACACUGAAUGGUCUACAUAAAAUUCUUCUAUUUCA